UUUACUUUUUAUUUUAUGCUGUUGUAUGUCUCAACCUCUUUUAAUGUUCCUUUAUUUCUGACUGUUUUUACAGUUUCUGGUGGAAUUAUUCAUCCUAGCUCUGGCACAAGUGUUGGUGGAGCAGGUGUCCCCUCACCCUCUGGUGUUGCCACUGGAGGCCAACUACCUGGAGGUGUUGGUGUCGGCACAGGCAGCAAAGCACCUAAACCAUACAAACCAGGCACUGGAGUAGGUGUCGGACCAGGCGCAGGUGGCUAUCCCUAUGGUGGACCCUAUGGAGUCCCUUACGGUGCUGGUACCGGCACUGGAACUGGACCUGGAGCUGCAACACUUCCUGGAGCAAAGCCGUUAAAACCUCCAGUGACUGGAGCAGGAGGUGGAGUAGGAAUCCCACUGGCAGCAGGAGGUUAUCAAGGGGGAUACAGGCCAUAUCAUCAAGGUUAUGGCCAGGGUGGGUUGACAUAUCCCUCUGCAGUUGGACUGGGAGGAGGUGGUGGAGGAGCUAAAGCACCCAAACCAGGCUACGGCAAUCUUGGAGGUGGUGGAGGAUAUCAGCCAGGUGCGGUUCCUGUGGUACCUGGUUAUGGAGGAGGUUACGGAGGAGGUUACCCCCAACAGUACAACCAAGGUGGAUACGUACCCGCCCCACUGACUCCUCAACAAGCUAAAGCAGCCAAGUACGGCCCAUUGCAGGCUUUCCUCGGUGGUGGAGGAGGAGGAGGAGGAGGAGGCAUCUACAGAGGUGGCGUCGUGGGAUGCCAGGGCAAAUACUGUGGGAGGAGGAAGUAGAGGAUCUCUUGAAAUCCAGAGUGACCUCGAGAAACCAUGGUGCUACUGCAUGAUCUAGAAUGUACAUUUUAUAUGCAAACAAACCCCAUUAGAAAUCAUGUAAAGAUGGGUUGUUUUUUUUUACUUACUUGACUUCAACGUCUGUUUUUAUACAAACCCACCGACCCCGAAUUUAUUCUGACGUGAGGUAUGUUAUUGAUGGUGCCAUUAAUCAUUAAUGUGGUCAAGUUAAUCAGCUUUAACUCCCAGUACUGCACCAGCCUACUCACAAUACAAAGAGUGUGUUUGUGUCACCAUGUUGUUGUUCUUGUGCAUGAAUGUGUGUGUGUGUGUGUGUGUGUGUGUGUGUGUGUGUGUGUGUGUGUGUUUGCAUAUUGGUUGUAUUGUUGUGCGAAAGACUGUCUGAACCAUUGGCUGGCAAUGUGACCUAUGAAUGAUUUCCCUUUCGGUUUUAAUCCUAAAGCAAGGUGAACUGUCCGCUGUGUUACAGUCCUCACUGUUUCACCUGGCUGUGCAGAGCUUGUCACCUCUCUGACACGACACAAGGGUUGGGUCGGUCCAGGCUCGUCCAAAAACUGAUGAAAUCUGGCCAAUCGCAGCAUCGUUUCUGGCUCCCUGUCUUCUCCGCUGCUAUUUUUAGACCUGCUGGGUAUAAAGCAGCGGGAAUUGGGGCUCCGGCCAACCCAUCUGCUCUCAGUAACUUUGCUGAUUCUGGUUGCUAUGCAGUUCAGUUUUCUCAGCAUUUUUAGUGUUGCCAAACUUGUGAUGUAUGAAGAGCAGUUUCUGCUCUGAGGAAGGGUAUGCUGAAGACAAUCAAAAAAGUGUUUGAUUCAUUAAGGGAUGUUUGUAAACCAAGGGAAAGUAGUGUUGCCUUUUAGCUCCAAGUAGAUUCAAAUGUAUUUCAGAUACUGUGGCAUGUACAUUGUGUAUGUAUGAAUGUUUAAUGAUGUGUCACUGUCCUAAAGUCUGGGAUAGAGUGCUUUAGUCUGCUUCAAAUGUUUAGUCUCAUUGCAGCAGUUAUUUACAUUUAUGUAACUUGUGAUUAUUCAAGACUUUUUGCACCAUGCUUUGACUCAUAGCUUUAUUGUUAUCAGGAACAUGUGAAUAUAAAACAAGAACUUUCCUUCUGCAUUUAUUCACUGUUUAGAAUUCUAAUACAGAAUAAGACUUUGGUUAAUGGCUGUGUUUAUGUGAGGCACAAGCUCCCAUUGUUCUUCAUUUACUUGAGCUGCUUUUAAAAAAGGCUUACUGACCUUACUGAGGUUCAUGAGCGCUGUUGCCAAGUGACCCCAUCUCUUUCUGUAAUUGUGUACUGUAUGUUGUACUAAUUUGAUGUUAGCUGGCUUCAGUUCCUCCACUCUGUGCUGAGUAAGGACUGUCCGUGAGCCUCGCUGGGUCAGACCUUGUCUUAUGUGCCGUGGGAUACUCUUCAUCUUUAUUUAAAACUGUUUUUAUAAGGAGGAACAGUGUGGUUUUGCACUUUUUAUAUUUCCACGACACACAUGUGACUUGUUCCCGGAUAUCCUGGCAUUUUUAUUUGCUUCAUUAAAUAACAAAAUAAAAUGUGUUAAAAUA